AUGGGCAAGAAAAGAAAGAGGACCGUCAAGAAUGGCGGGGCAACGGAUCAGCUUCCACGGAAGCAAAGAGAUUGCAAAGCUGCCUCAGAACAUCUUGGGAAAUUGUCUGAUGAGCGAGUUCACCACGCCCAUCCAGUAAUCUCGUCAUACUAUCCAAAAGUGUUGACGCUCAGAGAAUAUCUAUUGCAGCAGCUUCCAGUGUCUUGCAAGUCGCGCCGUCGUCGGAUUGGAUCUCUGGGUCUGGGUCUGGACAUGCAACAAGGAGGUGCAGGCCCCGCUGCAAACGCUGACGGACAAUAUAGAGAUGAGGAUCCACAGUUCAUUCGGACGAUAGCCCAUCUCUUAGAUUCUACGUUGAUAGGGAUUCUGAAAGAGCCGGGUCCUACAGUUGAUCAGACGCGGCUGCGGGAGUUUGUUGCUUUUACGCAGUCCCAGGAGCGUUCAUUUGUUGAUGCCACGGAUACCGGUCCGACUCGUGCACAGUCAGAGAUUGUGGACUUUGUCAUAUUAUCCCUUUUCAAUAGAAAUCGCUUCUCGUACCGGAAUCCCCAGCACAUCCUGGCCCAUGGCUAUCGACGUGCCGCCUCUGCUGCUCUUCGAGACCCCGAGCAGGAGCCCGGAGCCCUGGAAAGCAGUAUCCCCGGGAUUGUCCAACAAUACCCAAACCAUAAUGUUUUAACCCUGAAAAAGGCACCCUGGAAAGAUAUUCUAGGUCUCUUAGGAAAUAACGGGGAAGAAAUCAUGAUGAGGCUUUUGUUCGAUUGUGGAAUCUUUGCCUGUGUAGACAAACAGAAGGGCAUAUACUAUCAGAUGAGCGGGGUUCCAUUGUCUUUCCUCGAGCCAUUGAAUCAGGACCACCUCGAUAUACACUUGGCCAAGGAUGCACCAGUACCAAUAAAAGAGAGGACGCAAGGGAAAAGCGCUAGCAAUAAUCGCAAUGGAAUUCUUCAUAAACCGAACGGCAUUGUCUUCGUUCGUCGACGCAUGCUCUACGCCCGCCCCACCCGCAACCUGCGAGGAGAUAUUAUGUUUGGUUUGGCACAUACGCAUGUCCUCAAUCGCUUCCCUUCCUCUGAUUCCUUGUCGCAAACUGUGCAUGUAAUGAAGUAUAUCUUUCCUCGGCAAUUUGGAUUGAACAAUGUUUUCACCUCGAAAACAGGUACUCGCGAAACUACUCAGUCAUUUAAGGAGUACACAUUCAGGGAAGAAGAGAUUGCAAGGUCUGAACAAAAGAGACAGCACCAAAACUCGCAACCUAUGGCUCAUGUUGAAGGUGGAACGCCUAAGCCGAGAGAGUCGGUUAAGGUGCCCAAGAGGCUUCGUGGUACCGUGAAGUUGAUACAGAAGCUUCAGGAUAGAAAUAAGCGCUGUGCAUAUAAUGAGCUACUGAGGUACUAUUGCCCGCAGAGGGAAACAGACCCAUGGAAAAUUGGUUCUCUGGGAUCUCAACCUGGCUGUAGUGACACGAGCCGUGUCCCCAAUUCCUCUGCAUCUGAGCAGCUAGUGACCCAAAUAAGAGGUCCUUACCGGACAAUAUCUGGGAAUACGCCUGAACCAGUAGUAGGAUCGCCAGAUAAUAAGCCAACCAUAUGUCAGCCGAAGAGAAGUUUGACGGAAUACUCGACGCCACCUGCGUUCGUUUCUGCCUUUUGCCGUGCAGUCUUGCAGAAACUUAUCCCUUCCGAAUUCUACGGGACUGGAGAAGAGGGGCGUAGCAACAGGAAAAUCAUUCUCAAACAUGUCGAUGAAUUCGUACGGAUGCGCCAAUUCGAGAGCUUAAGUCUUCAUGAAGUAUGUAAAGGUCUCAAGGUAACAUGCAUGCCGUGGCUUGAACCUCCAAAGAUCCGAGAACAAGCAUCGUCGUCAUAUCCCAAGCGAUGUAAACUCUCACUAUCUGACCUGCAGAAGCGUACAGAGCUGCUUCAUGAAUUCGUAUACUACAUUUUCGACUCCAUCUUGAUCCCUCUUAUCCGCACCAACUUUUAUGUUACCGAAUCUCAGAUUCAUCGGAACCGUCUUUUCUAUUUCCGGCAUGACGUGUGGCAUCUGUUGACCGAGAAGCCGCUGCAGGACCUGCAGUCAUCCAUGUUUGAGGAUCUGAAAGGGGACAAGGCACAGCGCGCACUUGCACGGCGAUCCCUGGGGUAUGGCGUUUUGCGGCUUCUCCCAAAACCAACUGGUGUCCGUCCUAUCCUGAAUCUCCGCAGGCGCAUGAUGCAACGGACGUCUGCGGGAAAAAAAUCCUUCUUGGGACCUAGUGUCAACUCGAUAGUUACGCCUAUUGCAAAUAUGCUGAACUAUGAGCGAGUGCGGAAGCCAGCUGCAUUGGGCUCUGCCUUGCAGUCCGUGGGGGAGAUGCACUUUCGGCUGAAGAGCCUGAAGGAGCGUUUACAGCGGCAGCAGCAUGGGCCAAAGCAAGGGCAUCAGCCGCUGUAUUUUGUCAAGCUAGACAUUCAGUCCUGUUUUGACACUAUCCCCCAGCACAAGCUGAUUGACCUCAUUGAACGGACGGUCUCUGAGGACUCGUACUACAUCACCAAACACGUGGAGGUCCGCCCGCCGAUUGGGUUCAAUACUUCCUGGCCUCCGCAAUUGGGGAAUGGGAGACCCGUCCGGAAGUUUGUAGGUAGAGCAGCGCCGGUGUCCAAGCCACAGCCUCUCCUAGAUAUCAUCGCUGAAAAUGCAGCCAGCAGAAAGCCACACACGGUCUUUGUGGAUGCCCUCGUUCAGAAGGAGCAUACAGCUGACGAACUGCUAGACCUUCUUAACGAGCAUGUUCGAAAUAAUAUGGUAAAGAUUGGAAAUAAGUACCUACGGCAACGGAACGGCAUUCCUCAGGGCUCCGUUCUGUCUAGUCUUCUAUGCAACUUCUUCUAUGGCGCAUUGGAACGAGAAGUUCUCGGAUUCCUGCAAACAGACAGGGCUCUGCUUCUCCGUCUGGUCGAUGACUUCUUACUGAUUACGUCUGAUGCCGAGCUUGCCAUGCGUUUUUUACAGGUUAUGAUGAAAGGGCAACCGGCUUACGGCGUCUCUGUGAACCCUUCAAAGAGCCUGGUCAACUUCGAGGCGACUGUCAACGGUAUCCAGGUCCCCCGUUUGGUCGAUUCUCGGCUCUUCCCCUACUGCGGAAAUCUGAUCGACACGCACACGCUCGAAAUCCACAAAGAUACGGAACGAGCGCUCGAGGGAGGUGACUCUGCUGGCGCCGCCCUUUCGGACGCGCUCACCGUCGAGUCCGCGCGGGUGCCAGGCCGCUCUUUUCAUAGGAAGAUGCUCGCGACGUUCAAGCUACAGAUGCAUCCCAUGUAUCUGGACACGUCGCACAACUCGACGUCCGUCAUCCUGGCCAAUCUAUACUCCAGCUUCAUCACGUCUGCUAUGAAGAUGUACCGAUACAUGAAGUCACUCCGAGGCCGCGCACAUCCCGCAGCUCCGGUGGUUAUUCGAACGAUUCGAGACCUUAUCCAUCUGACAAGCACUCUGAUCCAGACGAAGCGGAUUGGGACAUCGACGAAGCAGCCGGUAACGGAUUCCGGUGUCAGUCCACGGCUUACCUACGCUGUGCAUCACUCGCAGAUAGUCUAUCUGGCCGCGGCAGCAUUCCGAUUCGUUCUUGGACGCAAACAGACGCGGUACGCUGAGAUCUUGCGCUGGUUGGACGUGAUCUGGAGGACGGCGAAACCGAGGUCGGACGGAGAAAUGGUCCGCCUGGCGCAGGUCGUCAGAAACGGGAAUAUGACAUUCGGAGGGUGGAGGUUCUGA